UUUUUAAUAAUGUUUAAUUCAAAAAAACAUCCUUUAAAACCUUUAAAAAGAUAGAAUGUCUUCAGAUAUUUAGGAGAGUUUUUUUUUUUUUUUUAGCCACUGGUAAUAUAGCUUAUCUCACUUAUCUUACUGAAACUCUACUGAACAUUUAACCCAAUCAAAUCCUUUGAGAAACUGCCACAUAUAUGCCACAAACAUAAACAAGAAUAAGUUCCUAUUAAAAGAUCUCCUCAGUAUGUCCAUGAGUGGCUCCUUUUUGUGGAAGGGUUGUGGCCUCCCAUGGGGAUUUCAGGAUGGCCCGGAUUGGGCAUUCCUGUGACGGGUUUUCAAGUAGGCUGCCGGCACUGGGGCAAGAGUGCAGGACCAGGGACUGUCAUGAAUGGGUGAUGGCAGGUUUGAGGAGAUGUGAUCACUAGGAAACCCAGCAAGGAGGGAACUGCUCUGGUGCAGGGAGAGAGCCAUUGAGGGCCUUUGCAGGCCGUGACCCUUUGUUCAUGAAUGUCCAACCUUCCUGGAAUUUGGGAAACAGUUUGUUGUCAAACUGACAAUCUGGAAGAAUGUGUUGCACUUUGCAGCCGUCAGGGUUUGAGGGAAGCUCCUCAUGAACCCCCAAACCGGUGUGUUCCUGAUUAUGAUCAUUGGAAGUCACUGAGAAAGAUAGUUGGUAAGGUGGAUAUACGCACACACUUGUUGUCCAAGGGACAAUUUACCACUUACUACAGCACUGGCACAUUUUUGGAUCAAAUCCCUUGGAUCAUUUCCUCAAUCUUUCAAGGGGCCUUUUAAACUUUCUGUCUUUCUUUUUCUGGAUGCAGUUGGGGUUAAGUGACUUGCCCAGGGUCACACAGCUAGGAAGUGUUAAAUGUUUGAGACAGAUUUGAACUCAGGUCCUUCUGACUUCAGGGCUGGUGCUCUAUCUACUGCACCAUCUAGCUGCCCCAGGAUUUUUGAACUUCUAAAGGGGAAGGGUACAAUACCAUGCUGUGCUCUUCCAUGCCACAGGAUGAUUAACGCUGUGUUCAGGAUCAGAUACAUAUUCUCAUGUGUGUGUGAUUUCCUGCAAUUUUUAAAAACUGGGUUUGUUAAAAGAAUAUGCAGGGGCAUGUGAUGAUAAAUUUUUAAAAAUAAAUAAGCAACGAUUAUUGGAAAGAAGAAAAGCAUUUGAACAAAAUCUCAUAUACCUCCGAUAAAAUACAUAAAAACCUCAAGAGUAUUAGUAUUCAAAUAAUGUUUCAGAAAAAAAAUGAAAGCGACAACUUAAAAGUGCAGACAAUGAAUGGGAAAGGAAAAAUUGAGAGCGAACACAAUUUGUCAAAUACUAUAGGCAGAGGCUGCCCAUUCAUGAGGUUUAAUUUCCAGUCAUGCUGCCGGGAUUUGGGUCAAGUCAGUCAACCCUUCUGAGCUGAAGGCCUGAGUUGUGCCCAUAGUGAGAAUGAACAUACUUUCUGUGUUGUCUGUGAGAAUCCACAAUGAAGGUCAUUAGAAAUUAAAUCCUUGAAGGAGCAGAGUGGCGCAGUGGAUAGAGCACCAGCCCUGAAGUCAAGGGACCCGAGUUCAAAUUUGGUCCUUGAACCUUAACACUUCCUGGCUGUGUUCCUUGCCCUGGGCAAGUCACUUAACUCCAAAUGGCUCAGUUAAAAUAAAAAAAAUUUUUUCUAGGCUUCUGAAAAAAUUUUCUAAAUCAGAGAAUGUAAAUUAAGGCAAUUUGAGUUAUUAUUGUACAUCUCUCAGAGUGGCUAAGAUAAGAGGAAAAGAUCAAUGACAAAUGUUGGAUGGGAUGUGGGGAAACUGGGAGACUAAUACAUUGUUGCAUUUGUGAACUGAUCCAAUCUGGAGAACAAUGUGGAACUAAGCCCAAAAGGCUAUCACCUUGUGUAUACCUUCUAAUCCAGCUGUGUCUCUAUUAAACCUGUAUCAUAAAGAAAAAGAAUAAAGGAGUUAAAAGGACCCACAUGUGCAAAAAUAUUUGCAAUAGCCCUUUCUGAAGUGGCGAGAGGACCAUGGGGAUUAACUAAGGAUCACAACUAAGUAUUUCACCUGUUUUUUUUGGUAGUUUUCUUGCAUUUGGUUUUCUUUUUCAUUUGUUCCCUUUUUGAUCUGAUUUUUCUUGUCCAGCAUAAAAAUUGUGGAAGUAUGUAUUGAAGAAUUGCACAUGUUUAACAUACAUUGGAUUACUUGCCAUUUGGAGAAGGGUGUUGGAGGAAGGGAGAAAAAAUUUGGAACACAAGGUAUUGCAAGGGUGAAUGUUGAAAAUGAUCAGUGCAUAUAUGUUGAAAAUAAAAAGUUUGAAUAAAAAAGAAAAAAAAAGGGUUUUCUCUUUUCCUGGGGAAAUAGAAUAUACCUGAGAUUCUGUUCUGCUCAUGGAGGGAAGGGGAUAAUGUAUAGGUGUGUAUAGUUUCUAUUUUAUUGUUUCUUCUUGGUUAUUUUUUCAGAGCAAGAGAUCAGACUUGAAAUGAAAGACACUCCUGAGGAGAUAAGUCUUUCUGUGCUAGAACCUUACAAGACAAGAAUGAGAAAUCAUUGUGACAUUACUUGGAAAGAAAUCUAUGCUUCACAUGAGAGCACUGGCAAGAAGCCUUAUGAAUAUAACCAAUGUGGAAAGGGUUUUAGAAAAAGGAUAACCCUUAGAGUACAGCAGAGAAUCCACACUGAAGAGAAACCUUAUGAACAUAACCAAUGUGAAAAGACUUUUAGAUAUAAGGGAGUUCUUAUUAUACAUCAGAGAAGCCAUGCUGGGGAGAAACCUUAUGAAUGUAACCAGUGUGGAAAAACUUUUAAACAAAAGUCACAUCUUACUGAACAUCAGAGAAUCCACUCUGGAGAGAAACCUUAUGGAUGUAACCAUUGUGGAAAGACUUUUAGACAAAAGUCACAUCUUAAUGUACAUCAGAGAAUUCACUCUGCAGAGAAACCUUAUGAGUGUAAUCAAUGUGGAAAGACUUUUAGUCUAAAGGGAAAUCUUACUGUACAUCAGAGAAGCCACGCCGGGGAGAAAGCUUAUGAAUGCAACCAAUGUGGAAAGACUUUUAGACAAGAAUAUCUUAUUGUACAUCAGAGAAUCCACUCUGCAGAGAAACCUUAUACAUGUAACCAGUGUGGAAAGGCUUUUAGACUGAAGGGAAAUCUUACUAAACAUCAGAGAAGGCAUGCUGGGGAGAAACCUUAUGAAUGUAACCAAUGUGGAAAGACUUAUAGCCAAAAAGAAUAUCUUACUGUACAUCAGAGAAUCCACACUGGAGAGAAACCUUAUAAAUGUAACCAAUGUGGAAAAUCUUUUAGAAGUAAGGAAGGUUUUAUUGGACAUCAGAGAAUCCACACUGGGGAGAAACCUUAUGAAUGCAACCAAUGUGGAAAGGCUUUUAGACAAAAAGAAUAUCUUACUGUACAUCAGAGAAUCCACACUGGCGAGAAACCUUAUGCAUGUAAUCACUGUGAAAAGACUUUUAGACUAAAGGGAAAUCUUACUAAACAUCAGAGAAGCUAUACUGGGGAGAAACCUUAUGAAUGUAACCAGUGUGGAAAGACUUUUAGAAAAAAAGAGUAUCUUACUAUACAUCAGAGAAUCCACACUGGAGAGAAACCUUAUAAAUGUAACCAAUGUGGAAAAUCUUUUAGAAGCAAGGAAUGUUUUGUUGGACAUCAGAGAAUCCACACUGGGGAGAAACCUUAUGAAUGUAACCAAUGUGGAAAGACUUUUAGAUACAAGGGAGUUCUAACAGUACAUCAGAGAAUCCAUACUGGAGAAAAGCCUUAUGAAUGUGACCAAUGUGGAAAGACUUUUAGACAAAAGGGAUUUCUUACUGGACAUCAGAGAAUCCACUCUGGAGAGAAACCUUAUGAAUGUGACCAAUGUGGAAAGACUUUUAGACAAAAGGGAAGUCUUAUUGGACAUCAGAUCAGCCAUACUGGAAAGAAAAAUAAGUAAUGAAUAUGGAAAGGAUUUUGUAGAAAAUUCUGAUUGGUUUUUGCCAGAUUUGUAAGGACAUGUAAUGGAAUUCUUAAAAGGAGGAAAAUUAGUUUUAGAAAGGGACCAUUUUUUUUUUAAAUGUUUUUUCUUUCACUUCUAGGCUAUCCUUCCCUUUUUGAAUAUUUGCAUUCCCUCACUAUUCUCUUUUCUUUCUUUGGGGAGGGUUGUCAUGGCAGAUUCUAAUAUUUCUAUUCCCUUAGCUUGGCAAUUUAGUAGGUAUUUUAUGUGUGUUUUCCCAUUUAGAUGUCAUAAAUAUGUCUUUUACCUCUGCUUUCUUUAGACAUUAGUUCAUCUCUUCUGCUUUCAUCUCAAUCUACAUUUUUUCAUUCCCCCUUUCCCUUUAGAUUCUCUUGUGGAUUCCCCUUCCUCUCUUGCCCUUUAACUACCUCUGCUCAUUGGUCUUUAAAUUUUAUCAGUUUUCCUUCCCCUUUCCAAUGAGGAUUUCUCUCCUCUUCACUGUCCAUCUUCAUAGAGAGCCUGAACUCUGCAGAAGUACACUUGAAUCAAGGUGUUAGUUGAAGAGAUGCUCGUUCUUUAAUUCCCAUAUAUACUUAGUACCUAGCAUGAUGAUAUAAUGGUUUUAGUUCACACUUAUUCAGAAUACUGUAAUGAUGUAAUAGGGUAUUUAAACUGGGGACAAAGUCAGACUCAGAGGGAGACUGGUUGAGAUUGGCCAACUGCCAGACUGCUGGAUGAGACUGGGUCCCUGUGAAGAAGACAAUAAAUUUGGGACUCUAUUCUUGUCCAACCUUGUGCUGUCUAUCCUGCUGAGACCAAGGCCCUUCCCAAGGACCUCCAGAAAGCUAAUCCCAGCGUUACAUAUCUUCCCUUUCUAUUUUGUCUAGAUUCUCAUUCUCUGAUCCGUAGCCCCUUUCUUCCUGUGGUCUCUCUCUUUUCCCCUUACACUUCCUAGAGGCAAAGCCCCCAAGGUGACCCUUCUGAGCUCUACCCUGUAGGUCAUUCCUGCCAUUGCUUCUAGGCCAGUCCCACUGAUUCCUCCUUUCCAUGGUGUCUUCCUUCCAGAAUCCUGUGAGUCACUGCAGGGUCAGAGAGAACGCUGCUCCGUUGUGGGGAACUUGGCCCCCUGCUAUUUCCCCUUUGUUUCUCCUUUUAUUUCUCUUCAGCAUUCUCCUAGUUAUCUCAACCCUCUCUGUCAAGUCCAGGAUGGCUCUCUGGAGGCCUCAGGAACAGUCAGAGUCAGGAUAAGUAAAAUUCCUUGGUCUUUAGUGGGGAGAAGUGAAAGAAGCAGGCGAACUGCGAGUUUUGCCAAAGAUCUCUCCUCGAUUCUGGAGCCCAGAAUCUCCACCUUUCUCCUCUUCCUGCUGCCCAGUGAGUCUAGCCUCUGUCUCUCCACCCUCUAAUCCUUGCCUAAGAUUAUUUUAACACCAAACGUUCAUCCAGCAUCAACUGGGAGAAGAGACAUUUAUCCAAACAUAUGCUAAUCGAGUCAUUGUCCCAUAGAAUAGGUAAUUAGCCUUAAGUGCUAGGUUGUCUGAUUCCAGUACACUUAUUCAAAGUUUCAGCACUCUACACCUGACUCCAUGCUCUCCUGCUCCUCCCAGUUCUAGUUCCCCCAGGAGUGAGGGCUCCCCCACCCCAAAGAAAAGCAGCCUUUUCAGUCACUAAACCCCUAAGCCUCAGGCUGAUGUCUCCUAUAAAAAUAUCUGCCAAUCUCCAAAAAUCUGGUCCCCUUCCUCAGUCUUUCCAGCUUCCUCCCUGACUCCUCAGCUGGUUUUUUCUUUGCAAGUUCAUGAAGCUCAUCUUCCCAAUCCCGAUUUUCUUGAGUGUUCCCUAGCCUUUGACAUUCUUGGUGACUCUUUGGCACAGUAUUUUUUCUUUUAAGUUUUAGGAUACGACUCUCUCUCUUCUUGCUUUCCCUUCUCUAUCUAACCAUGAAUGAAAGAUGGAAUGAUUUCUGGGUGGGAAGGAGGCACUUGAUUCAGGGGUGUGUGGAGAACCCAGUCAGAAAAGUCCCAAAGAAAUAUAGCCAGAUCCUCAGCAAUGAGAUGAGCCAAACCAGUUCCAAUGGAACAAUAAUAACUGAACCAGCUACACCCAGCGAAAGAACUCUGGGAGAUGACUGAGAACAAUUACAUUCAAUUCCCAAUCCCUAUAUUUUUCCUGCCUGCAUUUUGGAUUUCCUCCACAGGCUAACUGUACAAUAUUUCAGAGUCUGAUUCUUUUUGUACAGCAAAAUAACGGUUUGAUCCUUGUAUAUUUAUUGUGUAUCUAAUUUAUACUUUAAUAUACUUAA